AUGGCAACAAAGGCACAAAAUGCAAGCAGGAAAAGAAUACAAUUAGCACAAGACAGCAUCACAGAACAAGACAUGGGGGACAGAACAUGCAUAAGGGAUUUGGCUGAAAUGUUACAUAUUAGAGCAACAACCGUUUGGAGAAUGAUCAAACGAGGCGAUGUUAGACCACACGCAUACCCUCUACAUCCCGGUUUGCAAGACCCAAAUAUGCUACAAAGGGUUAAAUGGGUUCUAGAUCUACUUAUUGGGGACAGUCCACAAGAGAAACGGGAAUACAAAACUAUGUUUGACUUUGUGCACAUCGAUGAGAAGUGGUUCUACUUGUCCAAAAAACAACAAAGGGUGUACUUAAGGAAGAAUGAAAGAGGCAAAUACAGAUUAGGAAAGUCAAGCAAGUUUAUACCAAAUGUGAUGUUCACAGCAGCAGUGGCAAGACCCAGGUUCAAUGACAAAGAUGAAUGCACAUUUGAUGGGAAAUUGGGCAUAUUUCCAUUCACAUAUCAAGAGGCAACAAAGAGGACCUCAAAAAACAGAGGCAAUGGGACACUGAUAACUAAAGUUGUUGAAUUAGUCAGACAAAAGGAGACAAGGGACAUGCUCAUCACUCCAAUUGUACCAGCAAUCAUGGAGAAAUGGCCACACAGUGAAGGUCACAAAACAAGAUUCAUACAACAGGAUAAUGCAAGAACGCACAUAACUCAUUCUGAUCCACAAUGGCAACAAGUGCAUCAACAAGGAGACUUCACAUUCAUUCUUGUUCAACAACCACCAAAUAAUCCAGACUUAAAUAUACUAGACUUGGGUUCUUUUAGGAGUAUUCAAUCUCUAAUGCACAAGAAAAUGCCAAAGGAUGUUGAUGCUAUGAUGGAUGCAGUGAACCAAGCAUGCUAUGAAUUGGAAGCAAGAACACUUGGGAAUGUUUGGUUAUCAUACCAAUAUGUAAUGAGUGAGAUUCUAAAGGCAAAGGGUUCCAAUGAUUAUGAUUUACCACAUGUGAACAAGGCAAGACUUCUAAGUCAUUGA